AUGUAUGCUGCAACAAGUACCUACCUUUCUCAAUUGAUCAAUCUGCCAAAGCUGAAAGCUAUCAUUUUUGCCGAAUUCGAUGCAGAUAAAGGUCCAGUGAUUAGAAUACAAGUACCCGACUUCCUUUUCGACACAAAAAGAUUUGAUACAUUUUCAAAUGCAAUCAUACCUAAACCAGAACUUUUUCAUCGACUUAUCAAAGUGAACCAUGUUGAAAAUAAUGAUGGGAAAGUAUACAAAGUGAUGGGACAUCCUGUUGGUAUCGAGUCUGAUUCAUAUGCUCGCGGUCGCUAUAUAUUCAAUGUCUGUUUUGUGGUUGACAAAAGCAGUCAGAUUGAUUGCAUGUAUGAACCGAUGGUGCAGAAAUGUGCGGCUUACUUAACACAAAUGGAAAAGGAUACGCGUUUUUUGUCACAGUCACAGGACAAACUACCUGGUUUAUUGCUGAACAUAUUCGAAGGUCUUAACGAACAUGGUCAGUGUAAAAUCCCUGUUACCGAUCAGACAACUAUAUACUUAAAAUUGUGCCCUUCGUUUCAUGGUAUUGAGCCACCUAAGGUGGAGCCAUAUAUGGUCCCAAUGUUCACACAAGUACCACCACCGAAUACACCAAAUCAUAUCCCAAGAAUGGAUGUUCUCUCGCAAAAGAUUUGUCCCCAAGUGGAUGGUGUACGUUGCAUUCAGGAAAUUGCCAUGAUGGUGCAAAUAGAUACUGAUCUCGUAAUGCGAUGCGUUCGUAAUUUGCACUUCUACGGUUGCCUAGCAUUGAUACCUCUCUUUAUGUAUGCUAAUACCUAUGUUGCUACCGAACAGCUACAUGAUUUUUAUAUGAAUGCUGAUCUCAUCGAAACAGGUAUGACAAUGAAAGUUUGGUGCGAAAGGAUGUCACCUAGGCGGUACAAUGUUGACGAGAGACGUGCGAUACAGUUUGGUAUAUGUCACGGUUUUAUUCGAAAGCUGUGCAUUUAUCCUGUUUCUUUGAAGAAGGGCGAUCUGCGAAGGAUAGCCAAACUAUGUGACGGUACUCGUUCACUGGAAGACUUAGCAGUAAUUUUUGCUGUUUCACCGGUAAAACUGUUGGAUGCAGUUCGUAAUGACGGAAAUUUCGUUUUCAUUUCAAAGUAG